CCCCCCCCCCUACUUAUUAUUGGUUUUUUUUUUUUUAAUUUAUUCUAAUUCGUUGGAAUUAGACCAGAUACUAAGAUUUAAGUGGUGGGUGACUGCGUGUUGAGGUAUGGCUUCGUCUCUGUUACUGGCGGUGGUGUUUGUGUUUGAUCUGAUUGCUUUUGGUCUUGCUGUUGCUGCUGAGCAGAGAAGGAAUAGUGCAACAAUAGCCACAAAUAAUGAAGGUAGAAAGUACUGUCUAUACGAUUCUGACAUUGCAACCGGCCUAGGUGUGGGAUCCUUCUUUAUCCUAGUUGCCAGUCAAGUGAUCAUAAUGGUUAUAACUAGAUGCCUGUGCUGUGGGAAAGCUAUGAGACCUAGUGGAUCCAGAUCAUGGGCAAUAUGCUUAUUCAUCACUAGCUGGGCGACAUUUAUUAUUGCUGCAUCUUGCCUGCUAGCUGGUUCUAUAAGGAAUGCUUACCAUACCAAGUAUCGUGACAUCAUGGGAGAGAAUGCCCCUUCAUGUCAAACAUUGAGGAAAGGAGUGUUUGGAGCUGGAGCUGCCUUCAUUGUUCUUACUGGCAUAGUCUCGGAGCUUUAUUACGUUAGUUUUUCAAAAGCUAAUAAUAAUGGUCCCCCUCCCUAUGCUCGGGACACUGGUGUGAGGAUGGGCAAUUUGUAGUGUAGUGUAGUGUAGUGUAUCCCACUUAGGAGUAAGGAAAAUGUUUCUAUAUGAAUUCAUGUUUAUGUUAUGAAUGUGAAAGCCUACUUGUAAAUUAUGAAUCUCGAUUGAAAAAGACCCUAAAGCCUACUUGUAUAUUAUGAAGUUCGGUUGAAAAAGACCCUAUGUUUUAACUGUAUUCUAUGUUUCGUUCAUUUUGACUCUUCAAUCAUGUUGGAAUAUAUAGUGCCUUCCAG